AUGCGAUCAUCAAUCUCAUUUUCAGUUUUAUUCACUCUUCUCCUCCCGCUGGCCGGACUUCCACUGACUUUCGCUGCUCCUCUUCUUCCUUCUACCAUUUCUACUCGACUGGUCGCUAGGAACACUCCUGAGUCCAGUUCUUCAUCACUUGGAUCAACUGACUCGGCAGCUCAAUCUACGAUCGAUACAUCUUUACCCGAAUCGACUGGUUCCGCAGCUGGAUCCACUUCCGAUACAUCUUCAUCGGCUACAAUCACAGAUGAUUCACCAUCUUCUGUCACUAUUCCUUCUGAAACAGAGACUUUACCUACAGAGACCAAUCAGUCUUCAUCUUCCGAAAGUCUGACUUCUGUCCAGUCAACUUCUACACAUUACAAUACCGUCGUAGCUACCAAAACUGAAUCUGUUCCUGGAACUAAUGGAUUGCCGACUGGUCCUUCAAUUACUGCCUCUUCCGACGCUUCUGCAACUGGAGAAGAAUGCGACGACACAAGUACAGCUGCACCGACUCCGACUACCGAUCAAGCCUCAGUUCCUACCAAUUCAGCUGAAGAAGAAUGCGAUGAUGAGAGUUCGGUCGCUCCUACCCCAACCACUGAUCAAGCCUCAGUUCCUACCAAUUCAGCUGACGAAGACUGCGAUGAUGAAAGUUCAGUCGCUCCCACCCCAACCACUGAACAGGCUUUUAUCCCUUCCGAUACUUCUUCAGCCGGAUGUGAUCAAUGUAGUCAAGAAGCAACUGAUACCUCGCCUGGAAGUACGGGCAAUGCUGGGCUUCCUACCGAUGACGCUACCUCUGCUCCAUCCGCGCCAGCUACUUCUGCUCCAUCCGUACCGGCGACCUCUGCGCCUUCCGCGCCGGAUACCUCUGCACCCUCAGUCCCCGCUACUUCAGCACCAUCAGUCCCCGCUACUUCAGCACCAGCUACUUCAGCACCAGCUACUUCAGCACCAUCAGUACCAGCUACUUCCCUCGGCAGUGCUUCUGCAACCGGAGAUUCUACAGGCGAAGGCGGUUCUGCGACAUCCCAAGGGUCUACCCUUGCUCCUACUCCGGACGUUCCCUCAUACUCCGCUCCUUCAAGUUCAGUAACCUCCACGCAAGACUGCUUCACUUGUGGCGCGUCAGGAAGUACAACUGAAGCCGGUGCACCCAUCACCCAAUUGCCCUCCGAGGCCAGUUCCAUCCCAUCAUCUUCUGCUGCUUCUUCAACAGAUUGCGAUGAAGACGCUGCUACUACCAACGCUCCUUCUACUUCUGGCCCCGGCUCUCCUGGAUCCACCCGUCAAGAGGGUGAACAAACAGGAGUACCAACAGGAGCGCCCACUGGAGUUCCUGGUGGAACCAGUACCGAUUGUGAAGAAGGUGCUUCUAGCAUAUACGGAUCAUUCGAAAGUCAUUUGAGUGAAACAGCUACUGGCAAUUUCGACAUCAGUACUUUACCCCAAACUCUCGAAUCCGCUACUGAGUCAUCCACUGCUGGAAGAGAGGCUUCAACUCCUGAAUAG